AUGCGUUGCAACGACCCUAAAUGCGGCUGCCAGCCAGCACCUAAAAGAACGUCGAGAAAACUCACGCUCUUCUUGCACGGCGCCAAACCAGAGCAAAAAUGCGCACUGCACCAGCCUGGCGCUGAACUCGACGUGGUCUUGGAUCUGGUCGGCAACGUUCUCAUCCUGCGCGAAACCAUCGAGGAUCCCGAACGAAUCAAAACAGCCUGGACUCUCAGUGUGCACAUUGACUGCUCGAAAAUGCAUCUGAUCAACCUCAAAGGACUCAAAGACGGCUCGCUCCAACUGUCACUGCAAAUGCGACGCUCGGCCUGUUUUCCGAAAGGCAACAAGAUGCUCAUCAAGGAGAAGUUUCACGGAUUCGCGCCUCUUCAUCUCGGAAGCAGGCUUUACAACGACUUCUACUCCUGCGGCUGGUCGCAGCAGCGAAUCGAGCUCUUCCUCCCUGCGGAGCGCAUCAGUGGUUGGAAGACCGUGGCCCUCAUCCUCAGAACGUUCAAGGAGAUCUCGGCGGAGCAAUGGUGUCACCUAGCCAACAUCAUCAAGCCUCCCUCUGUUUCUCUUCUGGAUUGGAGAGGACUUUCGGAAGGUCUCAGGGCCAUGGCAAUCAAGAAACCUAAGGACACAGUCAAGGAGAAGAAGGCCUGCAUUGCUUCCAAGGAAGGCAGAGUCAAAUCAAUGCACCGGGAUUCGAUGGCUCUGGGGGAACAUCAGCUGGGAAAACUGCCGGUUUUAGUUUCGACUGUAUCCUGCUGA